GUGCUGCGGUUUCCCACGAGGGACCUACGGAGGAGCGGAGGUCGAUCCACCGACUCUCUGUCCCCUCCCAUCGGCGUCCCCUGCCGCCGUGCGCGGCCACACCUGCAUUAAACGGGGAAAGUCCGUCCGCUGGAGAGGCAGAGGGACUGUGGGGCUUCAGAGAGAGCGGAGGCAGGAAACAGAGCACCUACAGCAAGGUCCCAUCGCAUUGCUCUGUACCCCCGGACUGUUUGAUAUAAACGGGGAUCAAAGCGUGAAGGCGGGCAGCGACCGGAGGCGCUGAGACUUUGUCACCGUGUACACUGGCUGGGAAUUAAGAUUAAAGACGAGCGGAGCUGCUCGCUGCUGAAUAAGAGACCGAGUCUGACCGGCUGAGCGCACAGGUUUUCCUUGUGAUCCCUGACAGAGCGAGGACAGUGACACUGACUCGGCCAUUGUCUCCUGACUGUUUCCGAGCAGAGUGAGGCACCCCGAGUGCCUCAGCUGUCCAUUGUGACUGUAGAGAAGAAAGAAAGAUCCAGCUUGUCUGUAUAAAGACCUAUUCAGCAUCAUUUCUCUUUGCUAGCUACAUUUGCAACCCUAAGAACAGCAGUGAAGUCUCAGCACUAUCCCUACCCCCAAGCCUUUCCCCUCCAUCCUCAGCCCCCCUCUCCUCUAACCCCCUUAUCCCUAUUCCACUCUGUCGGCCCCUUCCCUCUCCCCAUCCCGAGCUUCAGCCUCAGCCUCUGCCCCAUUCAGAGUCCCAGAUGACAGCUCAGAAACAUCCGUUACCCUCCCACUCCACACGAGCCUUCUUUCCUCUCCCUCCAGCCCCCGUGGCGCUUGGCACCAAUGCCCAUCACAUAGACAGAUGGAGCCAACCCUGACCCCUCUCCUCGCCCGUGGGGACGCAAAGAGAAUCAACGCCUGACUAGAGGAGAGGGGGUGAGAGUGAGCAGGGGAGGGGGAGACAGGAAGGAGAGGAGAGGAGAGUAUUGCUUUGUCACCACAGCAACACAUCGCCCAGUCUCCCGUGGACUCCCCUUCAACCAAACCCGAGGCUCUGGGAUAAAAAGGCGCACAGCAGGAAAGUCAGCAGCAGGACCAGAAGGACCUCAUUUUUUUCCCUCAAUUGUGCCUGACAUAUUUUUUCUUUGAUUAUUUGGCAGAGGUAUCUUGUUCCGUGCUUGCAUGGAGAGAAGAAGCGAACAUUGACAAAAUUCUAAAUAUAGGAAACGUCAUUUGAAAGAAGCAGGAAACCACAAGGAGACGUAUCUAAAAAUGCUGAAGGAAAACCCACUCCAGAGUCAAACGUGUAGCUGAAGUUUUUCUGAACACCACAAAAGUUUCAGUCUGAGCCCUACACUUCCUUUUCCCUCUGGCUUCUGUGAUCUAAAUGAACUACGGUGGUAAAAGCUGCAAUCGCUGGCAGAAAUUUAGCCAUUUUAACACACAGAUCAACACACAGGAGAGACUUUUUACAGUGAUUGCCGCCACUCUGCAAAACUAAACUAGAAAUUCUGUGGAUGUUUGGAUUCUUUGCUUCAGAUCUGGAUUCCUCUCUGUAUCCAGUCAGGGCGAGUGAUAAGCAUUUUCAUUCACAGAGGAGCAAGAGCCCUGAACUGACUUGUGAACUGCUGUGGAAACUUUGGAUACAGACCUGGGUGGAUAAAACUACAAUAGAUUGAAAUCAGUCAAGUGUUUUAGGACAUUUGGUGCAUUGCCUUUGGUUCAUUUCCUGCAUAGAUUUGCCACCAACUCUAGCCACAUUUUAGAUUUUCAGGAUAAAAGCAGCAACUCCCCUAAGACUUAAAGAUUCUUACCUGGAUUUCGUGGUGGUGGCGUCCCUAUUCAACAGGCUGGGAGUGGCGUUGGGAUGCCUGAACUGGAUAACUUUCCCCCCCUGAGGGGCCCCGGAGGCCCUGAGCUGGGCCUAAAUGGACCGGCAGACCCAGCUCAAAUUCAGCACAGUAUCCUGGAGGAGCAGGUAGAGCUAUGGUGGUUCAGAGAUCCUGGGAAGUCUCUGCUCUGCUACUGUGUGGCUGUGCUUCUAAUCCUAGGCUGUGGGCUGGGAGGAGUUGGACUUCUCUCCACCACCACCAGUGUCUCAAGCGAAUGGCGUCUGGGCGCAGGCACAGCCCUCUGCCUGCUCGCCCUGGGAGUCCUCCUCAAACAACUGCUCAGCUCAGCUGUGCAGGACAUGAAUUGCGUUAGGAGCCGACAGCGGAUUGACAUGCUAAAAAGUGGCGGUUUAUCAGACCUCCUUGUGGUUUUGAUUACCGGGCUGUCGCUGUUGAUUUGUGGAGGGGUUCUACUACGUCUGGCCCUGGCUAACCACAUGCCGAAGCCUGGCCAAGCCCUUAAUGACAUGUACAUUUCUGGAGUGGUUUUGUUGGCUGGAGGGGGGGCUGCAGUUGUGGGUGUUGGGAUAUACUUGGUUGUGGUGAUCCUGCUUGAGAGGACAAGGCACGGACGGAGGUUGGUGGACCGGGUUUUGAAUAUCUUCACUGUCUCUGGACACAUGGAACGCCAGGCUCGCAGAGAGACUACCUCCAGUCUGGCUAACCUCAUAUGAGAUGUAACCACACUAAGACUGUGUAUUUUGGUCCCUUGCUCUUAAUGUCAGAACAUUUAGCCUCAGCUAAAUUAUCCCACACAUUACGAGAAACAUGAGACUAAAACAAGAUUCACUCUUUACAUGCUUCAGCUUUGUCACCAGCUUGAUCAGAGUGUGUGUGAGACAAAAUGAGUUGAAUUUGUAAUUUCUGAUAGGUGAUGAUGUUAUAAAUAAGCUGUCAAAUCGCAGGAGUAGCAUACUGAAGAAGAACUGAUUAGUAUGUACAUGGCAAUGCUCACAAUGCAGCUGAAAAUGUCCCAAUUGAUGGGACAGUGGCGUGAGUACACGUGAGACGUAUUUGAAAGUUCAAAUCAGCAUUUUUUUAUUUUUUUUUUAACAAUUGUAAAUCAUACACCAUUUACACAAGACUAAAUGCCAAAAGACUGGUGCCUGAGGCAGCAUAUGACAGAGUCAGUGUUAGUAUGCAGGUCACCAGCACAAAACAAGAAUAAAAAAAGUUGAUUUGACUGAUAUUUAAGAAGAUUGAGUCAAAUGAAAAGGAUCCAUUUUAGCUGAAACACAUCUGAAACGAAAGGGAGAAGUGUUGGCUCCAAAACAGGCGUGACAUCUUUUCAUGUUAUCGUUAUCAGAUGGGUUCAGCAGUAUGCAAUUAAAUACAUAGAUAUGUGUGAAAUGAAGCUCUUCUCAAAUCAUCUCAGAUGACAUGUAAACAAGAGGUUGUAAGUAGUGUAAGCCUGCACAGAUGAAGAGACAGAAAAAAGUGAUAUGAGGUUGUGGUUAAAAGGGCCAUCAGUGUGUAUAAUGUCUGUAUCUGUCAUGAAUAUGUAUCCUGUCAAAGUGCCCUUGGACCACACAUCUGACCACUACCUGCUCUAUGAUUGUAAGUUGUCAUGGGCACAAGCACCAGAUGAAUGGCUGAAAUGUAAAUGGUAACUGCAGAACAAACAUAAAUUACAAAAGUUGUAUUUUUUAAAUUUUCUUCAUUUGUAAUUUCUGUACCACCUUCACCCUGUCCAUGUUCACAUGAAGUAAUGAAAACAUGCAGCUGAUGAAUUUAACCAUGGGUAAAAUUGAGGAUGGUCAAUAGGUGAGAGGCUCAACAAGGCUAAACUUUAAUUGGAAUAACUUCUCCUGAUCUCUUUUCUCUCCUCAGUUGUAUGUAAUUCAUGCAGUAGGACUGUGGUGUUUGUAACAGACUCUCCAAACUUCACUGUAAUAUUUGGCUGCCUGUACACAUGAGAAGACAGCAUGAUUGUUGGAGGAUUAUCUCACAGCACUUUAGAAUAUAUGGAUAAUUUGUGGUUUUGUGCAUCAAUGCAGUAUUGUCUUAACCUGUGACCCUUGCAGCACCUCCUUUUCCUUUAACCUGCUUUGUUCAUUUUUUUUUAUAUUGACACCAAAUCAUUCGACUGUGUGUAAUAUAAAAUGGUCACUCACAGUACUGAAAUGGAGAAUCACCAACUCUUCAGAUCUA